AUGUCAAAGAAGAACCCAUUCUCUUUCUUUACUUAUGUGGAAUCGUCUUCACCAGAUCAACAACAAGCAGCACCUGUAACACCAUCUACUCCUCAUAUUGUAACUUCUCCAUCUGCACAACUACCAGUAUUCAAUACUAUACCAAAUAGUAGUAGUGGAGGAGGUGGCGGAGGUGGAGGUAGUGGAGCAACAAAGAAGAAACAUGGAGCUAAUUUCAAUCCAAACCUGUUUGAUGAUGAUGAUGAUGAUGAUGAGGAGGAUGACGAUGAUGAUGAAGAGGAGGACGACGAUGAUGAUGACGAUCAUUCAUCAUUACGUCCACGUGGCACUACUACCAAGAUAUCCAAGCCACCAACUACAGUCACUGCACCUUCAGUAGCACCAUCAAUCCCAACAACAACAACACCUCUCCCAACACAAACACCAAAGAGUAGCGCGACCAAGCAACAGUCUCAACCAAUACAACAACAACCGAUUCAACAACAACAACCUCAAACACAGACUCUACCAAAGGUGUCGUCUCCAUCAACAAGUACUCAGUCCUCAUCAAAACGAUUGAAUCAACUGUUUGAGGACAAUGUCAAGCUGGAAGAGACACUCAUUGAUGAUGACCGACUCACUCCCAUCUCCCCAGCCGUCGCCAAUGUUAACAGUCCGCCAACAACAUCUCCUCUGAACCUGCCAAACAGCCUCAAUCUAAUUACACCAAACAGCAACGCGAGCACAACACUUCCAGCCACAUUGGUGCCACAGAUUCACAAUCAGGCACAGUUGACAAAGUCAAUCGAUGCAACAAUCGGCACGACAGCCGCGGCCAACAACAAUGUAAAGAUGAACGAAGAGAUGGACAAUCUGCGACAACAAAUGGAGAAGCUACAGCAGGAGAACAACCAAUACAAGACAUACGUCAAGCAGCUCAAGGUCAAAUCGAACAAGCUGGCCACCGAGAAGGAGGCCUGCGAGCUAAAGCUGGCAGCGACUGAGCGCGCAAUCGAGGACUUCAAGAUCAAGGAGGCUAAGGAGACGGCCAUGAUGGAGGAGAUGAUCGCAGGUGUCGAAGCAAACCUGCUCGAGACCAAGAAGCGAGCGCAAAAGGCUGAGGCAUUGGUCGAGCAGCUCAAACACGAGAAUGCAAUGCUCAAGGCCAGUGGACACAGUGUCGACUCGCAAGAACUCCGCCAUCGCCUGCAGGACGCCAAGGAGAAGGGUCGUAUGGUGUCAGCCAUGUUGCACCAGGCUGCAGCCGAUGCCGACGUACAACUCAAGGGACUGAUGCGCGGUGUUGAGACACUUCAGAAUAUCUCUGGCCUGCUCACAUCAAUCGAUCGUAUAUCCAGUGUCCCCUGA